AUAAUUUCCAUGCUACCUGCGACAGUCUUUGGCAAAAAUAAUAUUUAAAUAUUUUUUGUGGGCUGUCCUAAUGUUGUUUAAUUUUGUCUUAUUUACCAAAUUGUUAGUGAUACUUAUUGUAAGAUCAUUGUUGUUGUUUAGUUCAUUUGUCCGUUAGGAUUUAUUUUUUAUAUUGUUUUGCAUUCCUUUUUGUUCUCAUUUGUUUACGAACUAAACGCAUUCUUUGUCCCUAUAUUCUACUGCAGUAGUUUCGUUCAGUUUAUUUAUUUGGAAAUAAACUGUUGUAAAAAUACAUAGACAAAAGAAUUUGUAGGCUCAGUAUUAACUGACAUUAAUAUUAAAGUUUAGUUUGUUGGGGAUAAAGACUGCGAAAUAAACGGUUGCUCAAAUAUAUGCAUCAUUAAUUUCACAUUUGUGGUUCAUUUAUUUGGGACUUGUUAAAUUCGCUGUCCUCAACAUAAAGACUCAGGUCGCAGCCAGCGACAAAUUUUAUUUCGCAUUCCUUGGUGCGGUUGUGUUCCAUGUCUGCCGGAACAACGAAAUUUAUUUCAAAUCUUGAGCGAAGGUGUUCCAAGGUGCCUGAACAAGAUAAGCCUUUAUUUGAUUUGUGGUUCUAAGCUGCCGGAACAAAUAAAAUAUUUUGAAUUAUUGAUUUGUGGUUCCAAGCUGCCGGAACAAAUUGAAAUAAUUGUGAAGUGGUUCUAUAUUUGCUGGAACAAAGUGUUUAAAAUAAGAUUCGUAAUGCAACGGUCGCCAGCUAGAAAAAGCACUCGUUUGCAGACGGCAACGAGCCAAAAUGUGAAAAGUUCCACGCCUGCCGGAACUGAAAGUUUAGCAAAUGUGUCUCAAAUGCCGUCGGUACAAAAUGUCAGUUCUGUCGCCCCGGAACAACAACAGCAACUAGUGCCUCCAUAAGUGCCCCUAGAGAACCGACACCUGCCAUAUCAACGCAUAACAUUUUUAGUUCAUCAAUUGAAGAGCCCUUAAGUCUGCCGCCGUUAGUGCCCGGUCCUAAUGCGAGAACCCAGCCACCACAAGCUAUAUCGUCUGAUAAUGAGAACCUGCAACGACAAAUUGAUAUCCUGCAAGCCCAGUUGGCAAACGCUCAACGUGCUUUAAGAGCAAAUCAAAAUUAAAACAUGCCAAGUGUUAUUGGACAAAAUGCGCCAGUAAUUCAAGAAAUUUGUAUAUGUGAUAUUCUGCCUGAAUUUUGUGGUACUGCCGAGGAUUGGCCAAUGUUUUUGUCUGCCCUUGAACAUUCGACAGCCGCAUAUUCGUACAAUAAUUUUGAAAAUUGUUUGAGAUUGCAGAAGGCUUUGAAAGGUGAAGCCAGAGAGUGUGUGAAGUCGUUGCUCAUCCACCCAAAUAAUGUGCCAACAGUUAUAGAGCAAUUAAAGCUACAAUAUGGUCGCCCAGAGUUGCUUAUUCGAUGCCAGUUGCAACAGAUGAAGGAAGUUCAGCCCAUAGCAGAAAACGCGAUCGAUAAAUUGGUGCCAUAUUCCAUUAAGAUCAGAAAUUUAGCAGCAUUUUUGGAAUCUGCCAAUGGUCAUCAACAUUUUUCGAAUCCAACUCUGAUGGAGGAGUUAGUCCAGAAGCUUCCAAUGAGUAAACGUUUGGAUUGGGCCUAGUUUGCUUCAACUUUACCUCAGUUGCCGACUAUUUCGGAUUUUAGUACCUGGCUCCAGCGUGUUGCAAAUUUGGUAAGAAGUGUGCAAAUAAGUAUUUCAAGUGGCGGUAGAUCUAGCAGUGAUUCAAAAAGAAAAGUGGUUUUAUAUGCUUCUGAUGGCCCAGAACGGCAGUUAAAAUGUUUUUAUUGUGUUGGCCCACAUAAAAUUUUUGAUUGUAAGAAAUUUUUAGAAUUGAGUGUGCCUAAUAGAUGGAGUGAAGUGAAGAGAUUGAACUUGUGUUUUUCGUGUCUCAGUGGUGGCCAUUCAUGUAAAGAUUGUCGUCGGCGCAAGCAGUGUCCCAUGGAAAAGUGCCAAAGAAAUCACAAUAAAUUAUUGCAUGAAACUAAACCUAAUGAACCAAGUGAACGAUCCGUAAAUGUGCCGCCAACAGAGAGAUCUUCAACAGUCGAGCCAGUGCUUAGUUGUGUUUCCAGUGCUAGUGAAAAAAAUGAUUUGUUGUUCAGAGUGCUCCCAGUGGUUCUUUAUGGACCAAAUUGUGCUAUUGAAACUUAUGCACUCCUAGAUGAAGGUUCUUCGGUGACAAUGAUGGAUAGCUCUUUAGUGAGGGAACUUGGAUUGCAAGGUCGACAAAGUCAAUUGAAUUUGAGUUGGUAUGGUGGUAAAUCAGCACAAGAAGCUGUCAUGGUGGUGGAUCUUCAUGUGAGCGGUGUUAAUAAGAAGAGGGAAUACGCUUUGAAAAAUAUGUAUGGUGUCUCGAAUUUGAAGUUGCCUAGUCAGAGCUUUAAUGCGGAUUUAGUAAAGAAUUGUGGUGUUCCUUUAUGCUCCUAUGAAUGUGUGGCUCCAAAGGUACUGAUUGGUUUAGAUCAUUGCCAUUUAGGAUUGCCCGAUGAAAUAGUCCCUUUGGAAGAUGCUGGUCCAUAUGCUGCCAAUACACCUCUUGGAAGGGUUGUUUUUGGAAACGUGAAAAUAGGUCGCCCUGGAACACAAACUUGUUUGCUGACAACACAGUUGGAUAAUUUGAAUAAUUUGUUAUUUUGAAACAGAAAAUUUUGGUGUUAAGGCUCUACUGGUGAUUGAGUCAAGAGAUGAUUUGCGUGCACGAAAGAUAUUGAGAAAUUCGACGAAGAGGGUUGCCGGAAGAUUUGAAUCCAGACGACUAUGGUAUAAUGAUGACGUAGUCCUGCCGGAUAGCUAUUCCAGCAAAGGUGGAAGGUGUCUCAUUGAAUUCAAAGUUAUUGAAAGGCCCUCAACAGUACAAACCGUUGCCAUCCGUUUUGUUUAAUUUCAGAGUCGGUUCCGUAGCUGUAUGCGGAGACAUAAAGGAAAUGUUUCAUCAAGUUGUUGUUGCUGAAGAAGACAGGUGUUCGCAGAGGUUCUUGUGGCGAGAUAAUGAAAGUGGUCCACCUGAAGUGUAUGAAAUGCUUGUGAUGACGUUUGGAGCUGCCUGUUCGCCCUGUAUUGCCCAUUAUGUGAAGGAAACAAAUGCAAUGGAGUAUCGAGAUCGUUUCCCUAGAGCCGUGAAGUCAAUUCUGGAUCAUCAUUACGUAGAUGAUUUUGUAGAUAGUUUUGAUAGCCCGUUAAAAGCCAUUGAAAUAGCCAUACAAGUUGGAGAAAUACAUAAAGCUGCUGGGUUUGAAAUGCGUAAUUUUACAUCGAAUUCAUCAGAGGUGGUCGUGGCUCUAGAAGGCAGUUUAAAUCAUCAGGUCAGUUUCUCAGGUGGCUUAAAUAAGAUGGACGGCUCAACUGAAAAGGUACUUGGUAUGUUUUGGGAUCCAAAGGACGACGCAUUCAAAUUUGUUCUGAAAUUCCAUCGUGUGAAUUCUGACGUCAUCAGCGGUACAAGGUGUCCCACAAAGCGUGAGUUAUUAUGUGUCGUAAUGUCAAUAUUUGAUCCAAUAGGUUUUUUGUGCCAUUUUAUGAUAACGGCAAAACUUUUGAUGAGAGAACUCUGGAGACAUAGUGUACUUUGGGACGAGAUGUUGCCCGCCGUAUUACAAAUGAUGUGGAAUAAUUGGCGCCAAGAGCUAAGAAAUGUGGUCCACGCUAAGGUUCCACGAUGGUAUUUUGGAAAUGGUUUGCUCUUGGAGUUAGAGCUGCAUGUUUUUGUUGAUGCCAGUGAAGAUGCCUUCGGUGCAGUGGCCUAUUGGAGAUAUAUGGAGAUAUUAUAUCUGCCAAGUCGAAAUGUGCCCCAUUGAAAUGUAUGACCAUUCCCAGAUUAGAAUUACAAGCCGCCGUUUUGGGAACCCGAUUGAUGGACACUAUAAUGAAGGAACACGAUCUCAAUGCUUCUCGUCGAAUCUGUUGGAGUGACUCUAAAAGAAGUCGCCCCAAAAGAGCACACAUUGCAAAGUUUUUUAAUUGAAGCCGAAAACAUCGUAAACUCUCGCCCAUUGACUCACUUGCCUGUCAGCCCUGAAGACGAAGAACCGUUGACGCCAAAUCAUUUCUUGUUGGGAUCUGCAAAUACGGCUCAACCACCAGAAGGUAUUGAAAUAACAAAGCCAGUGGUACUGAAUUGCUAGACAGCUGCGAGAUCAUUUCUGGAAAAGAUGGAUUAUUGAAUAUUAGCCCACACUUACAAGACGGUCCAAAUGGUGUGAAUAUACCAAGCCUGUGGCUCCGGGUGAUCUUGUACUAAUUUGUGAUCCAGCUGUUUCCCGUCGAGAUUGGAAGAGAGGUCGUGUCAUAAAUGUGUUCCCUGGCAGUGAUGGUGUAAUACGGAAAGCUGAUGUCCAAACAAGUAGUGGAAUACUUAAACGCCCGGUUUCCAAACUAGCAGUCCUUGAUUUGGAUGGUGAAUCGUUGCCGAUCCACGGUGGUGGGAAUGUCGCCUAAUGGCUCAUCAAUUUAUUUGUUUAUUUAAUUUAUUAUUUUUAUUUUCAUUUAAUUUAAAAUAUUUUUGUUAAUUUAAAUAUUUUUUGUGGGCUAUCCUAAUGUUGUUUAAUUUUGUCUUAUUUACCAAAUUGUUAGUGAUACUUAUUGUAAGAUCAUUGUUGUUGUUUAGUUCAUUUGUCCGUUAGGAUUUUUUUUAUAUUGUUUUGCAUUCCUUUUUGUUCUCAUUUGUUUACGAACUAAACGCAUUCUUUGUCCCUACAUUCUACUGCAGUAGUUUCGUUCAGUUUAUUUAUUUGGAAAUAAACUGUUGUAAAAAUACAUAGACAAAAGAAUUUGUAGGCUCAGUAUUAACUGACAUUAAUAUUAAAGUUUAGUUUGUUGGGGAUAAAGACUGCGGUAAGUCGCUUAAAUUAUUUAU